AUGCAGAAAAGGCUCCACCCCCACCAUCCGGACAUGCGACACCUUCGGCCUCGUGUGCCAAGCAUUUCUUCGUCUUGUAUGCCACUCUCGUAUAGCCCCAAGCACGCUUCUCGUCCGGAGGGCGCGGCAUGCGGAUCUCUUUACAUCCCAGCAAUGAUGUAUGCGUGGAAUACUAAUUCCAGAUUCAAAGACUCACGAAGCAGCACCAUCGUCAAUAGCUAUUGGCAACAUGGCGCAAUAUUUCAAUCGACUUUCAAAGAUCGUCGAUCCUACCAAAGGCAAGAACAAAAUGAUUGCCAUAGUUCACAUAAUCCCUACACAGCAGUUCGGAGAUUGGAUAAAGCGACCAUGACAACUGCUGUUGGUGUUAUUUCGAUAUCUUGCUCAUUACAUGUGUUCUUAGUUGCCGCAUUUCCUGGUGCUGACAGUUCCGUUGAUGCGGCCGUCUAUCAAGACAUGGCAGCUGUGUUGUUUUUUUGGCAGAUGAUGCCGACAGGCCUGCGGGCUCACGUUGGAGAUCGGAUCGUACCGGAAUCAGAAUGCCUGAUCCAAGCUAAGGCGGAGUCGGGCAGCUUACAAACCACGUGUCUCAUGAAGUCGCAGCUCGUCACUGGCUCACAUCACCCUUCCCCGUUGGGCCGGCUGUUGGAGACAAUGCUCAUACGCUAG